AUGGAGCGAGUCGUGCUGGUGACGGGUGCCAGCGGCGGUGUGGGGCUGGCAUUGUGCCAACGGCUGCUGGAGGAGGAUGGCCGCAUCCAUCUCUGUAUCGCUUGCCGCAACGCUCAGAAGAGUGAAGCCACUCGCGACCUUAUCCUGGCCACCCACCCCAAUGCCCAGGUCUCUACCGUGGAGGUGGACCUGGGUAACCUGGCUUCGGUCCUGCGUGUAGCCCGUGAACUCCGCUGCAGGUUUCAGCGCCUGGACUUUGUCUACCUCAACGCUGGGAUCAUGCCCAACCCACACGUGAACUUUAAGGCACUCUGGCAUGGUCUUCUCACUGGGAAGUUGCUUCACAUGUUGACCACUGCAGAAGGCAUCAUGACCCAGACAGAUAGGCUUAAUGGAGAUGGACUGCAGGAAGUGUUUGCUACCAACCUCUUUGGACACUUUAUCCUGGUUCGGCAGCUUGAGUCUCUACUCUGUGGUAACGAAAAGCCCUCACGACUCAUCUGGACCUCUUCCAGCAAUGCCAGGGAGUCUGCCUUCAGCCUUUCUGACUAUCAGCAUGCCAAGGGGAAGGAAUCAUACAGUUCCUCCAAAUAUGCUACUGACCUGACAAGUGUGGUUCUGAACAGGAAAUUUAAUAAGCAGGGUCUGUAUUCCAGUGUUGUUUGUCCUGGUCUUGUUAUGUCCAACAUGACCUACAGAAUUUUGCCAGUCUUUCUGUGGAAGCUCCUAAUGCCCAUCAUGUGGCUGAUCCGAUUUUUUGCCAAAACCUACACUCUGACACCGUACAAUGGAGCAGAAGCUCACGUGUGGCUGUUCAAACAGAAGCCAGAGUACCUGGAUGAGCUUGUCAAAUACCACAGCUGUACUUCUGGAUUGGGAAAGAGCUAUGUGGAGCCCAGAAAGAUUGAUGUGGAUGAAGAAACUGCUGAGAAAUUUUAUGAGAAGCUGUUGGAACUGGAGAAGCAAACUCUAGAGAGAUACAGUGAUCUGCUAGAUUAAAUAGAGCCAGUUUCAGCUGGGUGUCAGCCUCGUAUCAGGAACAGCAGCUUUCUAUCAUUC